CGCUGCGGGCUCCGCGCGGCCAUGGAGGCGGACGGGAGCCAGGCUACCUCGGGGAGCCCCGGCGAGGCGCAGCACGACCCCGGCAAGAUGUUCAUCGGCGGCCUCAGCUGGCAAACCUCACCAGACAGCCUUAGAGACUAUUUUAGCAAAUUCGGAGAAAUUAGAGAGUGUAUGGUCAUGCGGGACCCCACCACCAAGCGCUCCAGAGGCUUCGGGUUCGUUACGUUCGCAGAUCCGGCGAGUGUAGACAAAGUCCUGGCUCAGCCGCACCACGAGCUGGACUCCAAGACGAUUGACCCUAAAGUUGCAUUUCCCCGGCGAGCACAGCCUAAGAUGGUCACGAGAACAAAGAAAAUAUUUGUAGGUGGAUUAUCGGCUAACACAGUAGUGGAAGAUGUAAAGCAAUACUUCGAACAGUUUGGCAAGGUAGAGGAUGCCAUGCUUAUGUUUGACAAGACGACCAACAGGCACAGAGGAUUUGGCUUCGUAACUUUUGAAAACGAAGACGUGGUGGAAAAAGUCUGUGAAAUUCAUUUCCAUGAAAUCAAUAAUAAAAUGGUAGAAUGUAAGAAAGCACAACCUAAAGAAGUGAUGUUUCCACCAGGGACGAGAGGAAGGGCACGUGGAUUACCGUAUACCAUGGACGCUUUUAUGCUAGGGAUGGGAAUGUUGGGUUACCCAAACUUCGUGGCAACGUAUGGCCGAGGAUAUCCUGGAUUUGCCCCAAGUUACAGCUACCAGUUCCCAGGUUUUCCGGCAGCGGCUUACGGACCAGUAGCAGCGGCAGCCGUGGCGGCAGCAAGAGGAUCAGGUAGGGGGGCCCGUGGAAGAGCAAACCCUCAGAGUGCAGGGUCAGUCUUGAAUAGCUACAGUGCUCAACCGAAUUUUGGCGCACCCGCUUCCCCGGCAGGCUCCAACCCAGCCCGACCCGGAGGCUUCCCCGGGGCCAACAGCCCAGGGCCCGUCGCGGACCUCUACGGCACGGCCAGCCAGGACUCCGGCGUGGGUAACUACAUAAGCGCCGCCAGCCCGCAGCCGGGCUCCGGCUUCGGCCACGGCAUCGCCGGACCUUUGAUUGCAACGGCUUUUACAAAUGGAUACCAUUGAAACGUUACACAUGGUUGGUUGCCAUCUCACUUGGAGAGUCUCUCUGGAUGUCCGGGCAAGACGGGGCGAAGUUUCUGAGCAGGCCCUUGUGUGGGUGAUCUCAUCAGACUCUGAGCACUACAUCCUCACCAGUAACAGACGAACUGGAGGUGGCACUCGACGGACUUAGGUUGUUUAAAAAACAAACAAAUCUCUCUCAUCAUCUCAUGAAUCUGCUGUACUAUAAAACAACAGCUUUUAAAAGUAUGUAUAUAAAACCCAUUUCUUGUUCGUUUUACUUUCUCGAUGGGUUCCCCCCCACCACCUCUUUUUAAACCUCUCCAAACCACGGUUUUUUUCGUAGCAUUUUUGACAUAGUCUCGUAGCCACGUAGCUCUUAAUUCUUUGUGUAUGUAGCAAGAGCCUAACCAUAGCAGAACUGUUGAGAUUAAGGGGUUUCUUUCGGUUUUUCUUCCCCUCUCCCUCCCUUCUCUUUUACGUAACCGUCGUUGCUUGAAGGAUGCUGAGAUGGUGACAGGAGGCUCCUGCUCUGCAGGU